AUGGUACAGUACAAUGGCGACAUAUCUCGAUAUAUUUCAAAAAUGAAUUCCAACACUGGAUGUUUGUCAUUCUUCACAGUAAAUCAUUCAAAUCACGAUAAAUUUUGGCUACGAAAAGGUGAUCACUUUGUGUUAGUCUGUUUUGCAUGUCUUGUUGAAAUAAUAGAAGAGAAAAAUGAACCUUCUAUUCGAAAAACUCAGACACUCCAAGAAAUGUUGAAACUCAUCAAAAACGGAGAAUUUUUGGAAAUUUUAUUGGGUAACGAAAAGAUUUUAAAGCAUUUGUUAUCAUGCCUUUGGGAAAUACUUGAACCGCAAAAUACAACGGCUUCACAGGUUUCGUUCGCAGUUGAAAUAAUUCACCAACUUUGCUUCACAUUAAAAUCAGAAGCUUUCGUCAACACUGUCGUUGAUAAAAUAAUUGCAACUCUGACUACAGCUCAAAACGUCCUCAAAGUUACUGCACAUUUGGAUCUGUUAGGUAAACUUUUGCAAAGCAUCCCUGGUUUAACUGAGACGAUAAUACAUCAUGAUGUUGUCAGUUUUCUUGGAAAAUGGACAUCAUACCCUGACGAAAUAGUCAGAAGUUCAUUAUUCUUCAUUCUAACUCAUUUGUAUCGUAAUGAAACAUGUUGCAUGAAAACUCCAUUGGAAACUACUGAAAUGGUUCUCCGUGAUUGUUGUGAUGUACUGCUGACUGCUGUCUCAGAAAAACUGCAAAUCAAUUCUAUUGCUUUUCUUCGAAGUCUCACGAAGAAAGAAAACUUUGUUAAUUUAUCUAAAGCAAUAACAUGCAACAAAGAUAAAAUUUUGACGUGUCUUAAGAAAGCAUUACUAUCGCCUGUAGAACUCGUACAAACAAUUGCAGUACAUUGUACUAACGCUUUACUGGAGAUAGAUGAAACAGUUAUCAAUAGUGAUCUAACAUGUUUCAUUUUUGAGGUUUUUUCGUCAAAAAGCGAUGCAUUAGUUGUGCUAGGUUUGAAAACCAUCUCAAGUUUAUUAGAUUUUACGGAGAUGUACUCUAAAGGUCACGUGGUCUAUGGUUUUGAUACUUUAAUUUCUGUGUUGUGGACAACGGCUGAAACUAAGAACUUUGAAAUGCUAAAAGAAGGUUAUGCAGUUCUGAGGAAGAUUUUUGAGAACAGUCCUCGUGAGUUGCAGUUGAUUUAUAACCAAGAUAAAUUUAUGAAAUGUGUAGAUGUAAUAAAGAUUGGUUUGAUCAACUUUGACGACACAGUUGCAUUGCAUGCUACAAAAUGUUUGGAAAUAAUACUGGAUAGAAGACAUUAUAGAUGUGAGUUGCCUUAUGAUGAACUACGAGGACUCGUCGAUCUUACUGGUCGAAAACUUGAAACCAUAUUUGGUGAAAAUAAUGAGCAAUGGAGUCGUGUAGAGAAUAAAGGUUGGAAGUUAUCUCUCAUUAUCUCCAUCAUUCAAGUUAUCAUCAAGUCCCUAGAUUUAAUAAUGAGUGCAAGAAAACAGCCAUCUUCUGUUGAAGUGAAACUGGCGUCCAUUGAAGAAUGCAUAUUACAGAACAUUAAGAAAUUUUCUACCAAUAUACUACAAAUGUGUGACCAAGUUUGCAUUCCAAACAUCAUAUCCAGCAUAAAAAGUUUUUAUGAUACGGAAAUUCCUGCAUUAUUUUUCGACAUGUUAAAUAGACUUUUGCUGGCUUCACCUGAGUGUUCAGACAAAAUGAUUCAGAAGUUUGUUUCCUCCUGUUUUGUGAGGAUAGCACUUGAAACCAAAGCCCACAUGAAGAAAGAGUUUUCUUCGAAACAGGGUUGUGUAAACGAGUUUUUGAUGAUGUCGUGCAGUCAUCUUCUGAAAAAUGACUCCAGCGAUUACACAAAUAAAAUAUUGGUAUCUUUAACCGGGAUGAAUGGUACGAUAGAAGAAUUGCUGGAGAUUUUAAAGCAGAAUUCAUCAAAAGAUGAACAGCUUCGAUCCACUCAGGAGUGCAUAAUUAUAAUUUUCUACAUAGCCUUUAUUCAUGGCGAUCGUCUUGUUUCUUCUACAAAAUUGUUACACGCCUUGAAUAUAUUCUUGAUUGUCAAUCCAACGAGUUAUUGUCGUUGUGACAAACAACUGAAACGAUGUUUGACGCAGUUAUACAUAAGAGAAAUGUCGACAGAAAAAAGUGACACUUCAAUUGCAGUGAAAGCACAAAAAAUUCUGGCUGAAGGAAUGAUUGCAAAUGUUAGUGAUCUAGGUUUCCUGUAUUUUCACGAUUUCAACUUACUGGAAUGGAUACUUCUAUUCCCUGAUGUUGAUUCUGAACUUAGAAAAGGAAUAUUGGAAUUAUGGUUUGUUCAGAGAGACGACGUUGACGAUAAUGAGAUUUUUUUUUGGACAAGACUUAUGAAAGAAAACUCGAAGAUUUUGCUAAUGUUAGUGGCUCUUCUUGGCACAACUGAUGCCAAUGGUCAAGAGAAAAUAUUGAAGGUUAUCCACGAAAUACUUCAAAAGUGUAACCUUGAUACUGUACAUUCUACACUAGCACAACUGAAGCAAGCCUUGCAGAAAAUAUUCAUUACACAAGCCGUAGAAUCAUUUCCAAAGAUGAAUAUCUUGAGCGUGUUAAAGUUUCUAACCUUGCUCGUUACAAAUAGCACGUGUAGCCCUCUAGAUGACGAUUAUAUGAAGUUAUUAUAUCACGUUAUAAACUUUCUCGUGCAGAAAGAUCAUUCUUCACAAAUACAAGUUCGUUGUAUAAAUUUCGUCAACGCUUGUGUCGUCACGGAUUCAAGCUUCGGUUCUGAAAAAGUACUUUCGUUUGUUUUAAAUCACAAUGAGUACAACUUUUUUCUUGGCAACGUUAUUAACGUUUUCCACAAAUCAAGUGAACUAAAUCGCUUUGAGAAAAUCUCCUCAUUAGCUGCAGCAUUGAUUGCUAUCACUUGUCUACUACGGUUACAGAACAUUCAUGGUAUUACAACGAAGAUUAGAGUUGUGGUAGAUAUAAAUUCUGUUCUACCAUUAUUGUUUCACAGCAAUGUUGUGAUACAGUUCACUUCCACUAUCUUCUGGAGAAAUGUUUUGAAAACGUAUAGUUCGUCUCAGUUAUUUAACUCGUUUAACUUUACGUUAAUUUCUGGCGAUCAUGGAACCAACGAUGGACCAGCAAUUAGCCUGUCUCAGUUGAGGAUGAUUCUUGUUUCAGCUCAAAACUCAAUGACACAUGUCAAUAACUUUAUGAAACUUUCCGCAUUAAAGUGCUUGGAAGCGUUAUUCUCUUUAGAAGAAUUUUGCAAGGACUUGAUCAAUGAUCCAUGGAACAAUGUAUUGCUUCGACAAUGUAAAGAUGGAGCCUGUCCUGGAAACUUAGUUAUUGCAAUGGAGAUCUGCUCUGUGUUUCUAGCUAAUGCACAAUUUAAAGCCAUAAAGCAAUUAGAAAUCCUCAUAAAACAUGUCGUGAAAACAAUUUUGGAACAGUUAGACGCAAGCCAAUGUCUAGAAGAAGAGCAAAAUGAAUCUUUUUUGACUUCUGUUUUAUUGAGAUUCCUUAUGACAGUUGUAGAAUACAACAAUGAAUUCCUAUGCAAGAAUGACAUGGAAAGGAUCAUUUGUUUAGUAAAACAACUGAUGGAAGCUCAGAAAAGCAAAGAUAAUAAUCAGUCUAGAAAUUUUUUCUACCUACAAGAUUUGUUAGUUUACGAGGAGAAUGUAUUUGAAAAUGCAAAUAACAUAACAACACAAGUUAUGACUUUGCAAAAACUUAAUGCUAAGUUGUCUAUUGGGGUUUAG